AUGGGAGACAUAUCUGAAUCCCAGAUUGAGGUCGUCAUCGACGCACCAUCCACCGUUCAAAUCCGAGAAAAAAACCACUGCCUUUGGAUUGUUAUCGCUGCUAAACGAUCACUGCCGUCCAUCUUAACCAGAUUCCAUGCGGGCUACUUCAGAAUAAGCCUCUCCCUAGGCAGCCAAGCCUUACUCUGGAAGACCCUCACCGAACCACUACCCGCCGCCGGCGGUGGCGACUCAAACGACCCCUUUCGUCACGUGCUACCCGCAAAAGCCUUUCUUCUCCUCUGGUCGCUCUCGCUCCUCAUUCUGGUCUUUCUCUCUCUCCUCUACGGCUUGAGGUGCUUCUUCCGCUUCCGCAUGGUGAAGGCGGAGUUCCUGCACCACGUGGCGGUCAACUAUUUGUUCGCCCCGUGGAUAUCGUGGCUCCUCCUGCUGGAGUCGGCGCCGGCUACGUUGGUGCAGCCGGGGACAGCCUUGUACACGGUGCUCUGGUGGGCGUUCGCGGUGCCGGUGGUGGCGCUCGACGUGAAGAUAUACGGGCAGUUGUUCACAAAGGGGAAGCAGUUGUUGACGGUUGUGGCGAACCCGACGAGCCAGCUGACGGUGAUCGGGAACUUGGUGGGGGCUCAGGCGGCGGCGAGGAUGGGGUGGAAGGAGUGCGCGGUGUGUUUGUUCUCGUUGGGGAUGGCGCACUAUCUGGUGCUGUUCGUGACGCUUUAUCAGCGGUUUCCCGGCAGCGAGCAGCUGCCGGCCAAGUUGCGGCCGGUUUUCUUCUUGUUCUUUGCGGCGCCGGGGAUGGCAAGCUUGGCUUGGGAAGCUAUAGUGGGGAGUUUCGAUACUGCAUCCAAGAUGCUGUUCUUUCUAUCGCUCUUCCUCUUCAUGUCUCUGGCGUGCAGGCCGACACUGUUCAAGAAAUCGAUGAGAAGAUUCAACGUAGCCUGGUGGGCAUUUUCAUACCCCCUGACCAUCCUUGCGCUAUCGUCCGCAAAGUACGCGAGAGAGGUGAAGAGUGGGAUUGCUGAUGGGUUAGUGCUGAUUCUGUCGUCCCUCUCCGUCCUCGUCUCCCUCGGCUUGACUCUGUUCACUGCACUCAACUCCACAACCCUCUUUCCUAAAGAUGACCAUGAUCCCAUUCACAUUCAUAUCUAA